UAGCCUUUAGCGAGCUAGCUUACUGCCCGGCGAGCUAACGGUAGCUAGCUAGCUAGUUAGCUGACAGCCGCGGGUCAAAAUGUCGACUUCAGUUAAACUUUAAAUCUUUAUAUUUGACUUUUAGCGAAUGAUGCAGUGUGUUUUCUUGCAGUGUGUGUUGUUGUUAAGACGUGGGUGUGGACGGACGAACCACACGCGAUGUUGAAAAUAUCAAUUUUGAAGGUGGAGAACCCGUCCUGCCUCUGGGGUCGGGUUGUUCGGGGUCUGGGCGGCGACGUGGAGACGACAGAACAGUACAACAGUCUGCUGGCUCAGAUGAACCUCUUCUACCACGACGUCACUCAGGACCUGCGCAAGCUGACGCCCACGUCGUUAGAGGAGGGACAGGUGUGUGUGGUGUACUGGUCAGUGAUGAAGACGUGGUGUCGGGCCGUGGUGGAGUCGGUCAUCAUGGACUCUGUGUCCUGUAAGGCUCGCUGCCUCCUGGUUGACCACGGAGAACGGCUCGUCGUCCCCUCAGACCAGAUCCGAGUCGCCGCCAAGAACUUCCUUCAGUUGCCUUUUUGGGUGAGGAGGUUUCACCUGGCGGGAAUCAAACCAACAACCCUGCGAGUGUCUCUGUACGAGGGGAAGGCAGAGCUCAUUCCGUCCACUCAGUGGGACAGCUCAGCUACACUCUACCUGCACAACCUGCUACAGGCAUCGACUUGGACAGAGGCUGUGCUGCUCGAGUCCAAGUCAGACUCCACCUCCAUCGAGCUCUACCUCACCGUCGGGAACAUCAAGAUCUGUGUGAACGACGACCUGGUGGCCAAGAAGUUUGCGUAUUACAGCAGAGCGUCGGCUGAGAGCAGCAGCUUGGACGAGGUCGACCGAUAUCCCGUCAUGUUGUCCUCCAGCAUCUUAACCCAGACCGUCUCCAAGACCUCAAACAAGUCGACAGUACCAACCCAGCCACCUCCUGUGAUGUCAGAAGGUCUGACUGCAGCCGGAGCAGGUGAUUGGCUGACGGCACCGUCUCCGCCUCAGAGCCAACAACAUGAGCUGAGGACCUGCGAGGGAGACGUCAGGUCAAAGGUCACAGAGGAACGGCUGUCUCCAGGCAGCCGAUCGAAGGAUGGCUCCGACCCUGCUGCUGCAGAGAGUGACUCAUCAGACGACACCGACUCCUCUCUGGCUGCAGCUCUGACCAGAAACCUCAGUCUGUUCAAGUUCCUGAAGUUUCUGAAUCCUGGCAGCAGCUUCCAGCAGGCGGCUCGCAGUCCUGAGGAGCUGAAUAACUGUCGACCUGAAGAGACGGCUGCAGCCUCCGGCGUCUGCACCGCACAGGAAGCGUACGCCACCGACACGUCUGCAGACAUUCUUGAGCCUGAGGCAGCAGCUGAGGACGAGCUUCAUAUGAGUGAUGGAAAACGUGGAGCUGCAGGUCUGAACAGCAGCCAGGCUGAAGAUCUGACAGAUGAAGACACGAGCAGCUCCAGUAGAUCAGUAGAAACUGGACCAGCAGAGGCCGAGAAGGCGUGGAGGAGUGAAGCGGACUGGGCCUGUUCACGGCUUUUGGAGUGGUUGAACCCGGAGCCUCUGAACCCUGAUCCAGACGCUGCAGACAAUGUGGUCGUUCCCUGUGAUCCCAGGAGGAAUGGGAUUCUGGUGCACUCUGCCCUCCCAGUCGAGCCCUGCAGCAGCCUGGACGACGCCCCCAUCACUGAUGCUCUCCGCUGGGUGCUGCGGAGGAAGCAGUACACCUCCCUCUCUCCAGCCGACCGUUACAGCUGGCCAGCUGUGGCUCGAGGCUGCAACACCGUCAUCAUCUCCCACAACGCCGACCAGCCGUUCAGCUACCUCGCCCCGCUCCUCACCCACAUCCUGCUCAACUCCAUCUACAGCUCCCUCACCUCCAGCACAGGGCCCGUAGCGGUGCUGCUGUGUCCGGGCUGGGAGAAGGUCCAGGCGGUGUAUGACCUGCUGGAGGAGAGCAAGAUCGUCCAUAUCCUCCACCCGUACGUCGUGCAGCUGGGUGUCGGGAAGGACGAGGCCAAGACCGUCAGGAUCCCAAAAAACUGCCUGCUGUUGGUGACGACUCCCUUCAGUCUGGUCCGUCUUCUGUCCUGUCACUGCUUCAUGUUUAUGCGUCUGUACCACCUGGUCCUGGACGGGGCUGACCAGCUCUUUACUCUCGCUCCAGAACAGAUGGCGACCAUCUUGCAGCAUUUUCAGAAAGUGACCUCCAGGGAGGAGAAGGCGUCCUGUCCGAAGCAGCUCGUCGCUGUGGCGAAGCGAUGGACCGGUCACAUGGAGGGUUUGUUGACCAACCACAUGCCUUCCCCCUGCAUUGUCAUGACCGUCCCUGAGGAGGCUGCUGUCUAUGGAGACGUUCAGCAGAUCAUCCUCAUGACUCUAGAGAGCAGUAAGAUCUCAGUGCUGUUGGGCGUGUUGGAUUUUAACCCAGACGUCGGACAGAAGACUCUGAUCGUAACCAACUCUUCACAGGAAGUGGAAGACGUGUUCAAGGCCGUGAGCAACAAAUCAGCGUUCUGCCUGAAAACCCACCAGGGUUUAACGCACCAGUUUGACUCUGUCGUCCAGCAGUGGAGGAAAAACAUCAGCCCUGGAACUCAUGUCAUUCUGGUGACCACCCAUGAGUGUCUGAAGUGUUUUGGGAUCAGAGAUGCAACCUGCGUCGUCCACUACGGCUUCCCCACCUCUCCCAAAGUGUUCGGCAGCCGACUCUUCUGCAUGGCUGAGAACUUCAGGAACCUCUCAGAACGAGUUUCCUCCCAGGAUCAAACCGAGAGCCGCCCUCACGUUUCCAGGUCGGUGCUGCUGAUCUCAGAGAGGAACGCCCGUCACGUGGUCGGGGUUCUGCGUUACCUGGGACGAACCAACGCCCCGCUGCCUCCCGAGCUACUGUCCUUCGCCCACGGCGUCCAUGUGGCCCGGGAGGACCAGAAGACCAACAGACCUCUCUGCAGCUACCUGAAGAGCUUCGGAGUCUGCAGAGACAGCAGUUCUUGUCCUGACCGUCACAGGUUCAUUCCCCAGCUCGAUCAGUCUGAGCUCCCGGCGUCUGGAGUCAUAGAAGUUGUUCCUCUUUACAUCAAGACGCCGUCUGUCUUCUAUGGUCGUAUCGUCAGGAAAGAGGACGGGGGUUUCGAUGCUUUGGCAUCUAAAAUGGCGUCUUACUAUGCUGAUAAGAAACCAGGAGCCACAGAGAUGCUGGAGGGAGGUUUUUACUCCGUGCAGGAGGACGAUGUCUUCCACAGGGUGAAGAUCCUCUCCAUCCCCGACAGACGCGACCGACUGUUCUUCAGCGUCCUCGUUCGGUUUAUCGACGUAGGGAAGGAGGAGGAGGUGAAAAACCAUCAGAUCCUUCAGCUGCCGGAGCAGUUUCAGUCUCUGCCAGGACAGGCCGUGGAGAUCAUCGUCUGCAGGGUCAAACCAGCCGACGCCGAGAUCAACUGGCACCCAAAGGUCACCAGAGCCGUGAGCCAGAAGAUCCGAGGUCUGCAGCACCGAGCCAGAGCAGUUCUCAGUCUGGGAAACACGGUCUUUGUUGAUCCCAUGGUCCGUGUGACCCACAUCCCAGGAAUGAAAACCGUCAUCAACGAAUACAACGUCCAAUCUGAGAUCCUGAACACUGGGAUGGGAGUCAGCAACCCAGAGCACCUGGACCUGCUGAGGGCGCUGUGUCAGGAGGGCGAGGAGGCGGGUGUUUCUGGACUGACGGAUGUGUCAGCGUCUCUGGAGAUCCGCAUCAAAGCCGAGGAAGAAGUUCUGGCUGAAGUCUUCAGAGCAGCCGAGGUCAAGAAGCUCAGCGACCCUCCUCAGCUCGAGCCGUGUGAGCCACGAAGUCCAGGAUCCUCAGCGAACCAGUCCCUGAUCCCAGCACCACCAGACCCUGAACUCCACCUGGUCCCAGAGAGAGAUGAGAAAUCCCCGUCAGACGAACAGAUAAACAACCACACAGCUGAUCUGAAGUCAGCUGAACAGAUGACCAGAAACAAAGAUGGAGGAGAAAUCUGCUCCACAACCAGCCUGUCUGUUCAUCUCAGCUCCUGUGAUAAAGGUGACGAUCAGAGCAGCAGACAACAGAUCAACAUCAGCACUAACACAACAGACAGAGAUGAAUCCACGAAAAGUUUCCAUCCUCAGGUCCGCUGGCACCAGACGUCCGACUCUGUGAUCGUGACGGUGAAGCUGAUGAACCCGGAGGCUCAGCGCUGCGACUUCUACCCGGACCGAGUCGUCUACAGUGGCAGAGUGAACGGUCGGUCCUACAGAGCCGACCUGGACCUUCAUGGGAACGUCGCUGCGGACCGAUGCUGCUGGGAAAUGAAGUCCAACGAGCCGGUUCUCAAACUGGUCAAACAGGAGCAGGGAUACUGGGACAAACUCCUCAAGAACAAGAAUAUUUUUGUGAGUUAUGAUAUGGAGCACUUUGAAGAUGAUGAAGACACAGCACCAAAUGAUCUGUGGUUUGUGGAGAACACAGGAGAGAAUAACUGGUAUGUGAACUCAGAGAGUGGCAGUGAGAGUGACUAAAGGUGUUUUACAGUGUGUUGGUAUUUGUGUUGUGUAGAAACAUCUGCAGUGAAUUUAGUGAAUAUUUAACCUUUAUAUUGUGUCUGACUGCAGCAAAUCUGAUUUAUAAGUUUGUCACGUUUGUCAUGUUGUGGAAGAAUUUCCCAGAUUCAAUUGCUUUAUUUUUCUCAUUUCCAGUGUUAUUUACAUUAGAAAUUUGCUGUGGCCUUCACAGUCACCAGAUCUCAACCCAACUGAGCUCAGGUCUGUCUGUAAGGAAGGCAGUUUAUUAGGAACACAUAGCUGAACCUAAUGCAGUAUAAUAGAACAGUCCUGCAGUAAAUCCUCCUUCAUGAGGAUUACAGUGAUCAGUUUGUGUCUCUAAACUGUCUUAGAGGUGCUGAUUUAUCUUUCUGGUCAUUUUGGAGGCUGCAAAUUGUGGUGCUGUUGAACUGUAUUGCAUUAUAUAGGCAGGUGUUUCUAUUAUUUUGUCCAUCAGACUCAAGAACAGAAAUUCAGGUUAUAAUUUAAUAUGACAUUUUCUACAGGUUUGUUCAUUUCUGCGUUUCCAGCUGUGAGUAGCUCCUCCAACAAAAACAUGGUGCAUUCAGAAAGUAUUGAGACCCCUUCACUGUUUUCACAUGUGAGUGUGAAUGGUUGUUUGUCUCUAGACUAGUGAUCUGUCCAGGGUGUAUCCAGCCUCUCGCCCUGUGUCAGCUGGGAUUGCCCAGAUAAUGGCAGCAUAGAUAAUGGAUGGAGGAUGGAUGGAAAAGCACAAACAGAAUUUUAGAAAUGUUUGCAAAGUUAUUGAAAAGGAAAAUUUUAAAUAUAUUGACAUAAGUAUUCAAUCAAUUGACUUUACCACAGGUGAACAAGAGAAAUGGGUGGAACCUAAAGUAAAUUUUAAAAGUGUCAUAGCAAAGGUUCUGAAUGCUUAUGUCAAUGUGAUUUUCCCUCUUUAAUCACUUUAUAAAAUUACAGAGGAAUAGAGGUUGCAAUAUAACAAAAUGUGAAAAUAAAGUGAAGGGGUCUGAAUACUUUCUGAAUGCACUGUAACUGCAGCUGUCACUACAGUUGAUUUUACUCCACUAAUAACACAUGCUACAGGGCAAGUUUGUUCACCUGGGCUCAUGCUCUCUGGAGCUCAGCCUGCCGGCUGCUUGAUUUCAUAUUUAGAUCGUAGGUGACGGUUGGAAUGUAGAUCGAUUGGUAAAAUGAAGGCAUUGCCUUCCAGCUCAGCUCCUUUUUCAAUAGAACAGUCUGGUACAAUGCCUGCAUUACUGCUGAUAAAGCACAACCCAAAUUCACAAAUCACAUUGAUUCAAUAUUUGAAUCAAUGUGAUUUGAGACCAGGUAAUGAAGAUUUAAAGGAAGCAGAGAAUAUUUAUUUUUAAGAUGCAGCUGAAAACUUUUACAUUUUUUUGAUCUCUUAUUAUUGGUUAAUAUUUUGUUAGUAGUUUAGUUUUUGGAAGUGUAGUAAAGUUUGUGUAGCGACAGUUAGCAGUGCUGUGUGUUACAGGCUGUUUCUCUGAUUUGAUGAUGUACUUGUGGUUGCAGAGGUGUAGAGUGGAUGUUGAAAACAACCAGAAUUUUGUUAAUUUAAGUCAUUGUGACAGUAUUUGUUUUCAGUAUAAAUAUAGAGACAUCUGAUUGUUUUCUCUGACAUUUGUCAUUUUCAGUUUUACUCCCUCUGUGAAAAAAUGCUGUGACAGAUUAUUGAGGAUAAUAUAUGAAGUUUCAGGGUCCUUAUUUUCAUAGUAAAACGGUCUGUUUUCUGUUAUUAAAUUCUGUCAAUUAGAUUCUGCUAUUAAUGUUUUAAUGUAUUGUAAUUCAGUUGCAAAACAUUUUUUGACUUCAAGAUUUGAAAGCAGUUAUCGCCCCACAGCUCUUUUGAAAAUUACAGAAUUAGGAAGCCCUGUUUCCUGUCACCUUAUUGAGCUGUUCCACAUAUUGUUUCAGCAUCUCUCUGCUUACAUCAGAGUUGGGUUAAAUAACAGAGAGGGAGGGUGACCUAGGAUAAGAGGUACAGAUUUCAUUUGGAUGGAUAUAUUAUUUUAUAGUCAUAUGAGCAGUUGUCUACUUGGCCUUUUUUGUGAUCCAUCUUUGUUGUUUAAAGGUGCUGUAGAAAUAAACUUGUUUUUCCUGGCCUCAUUCCAUUUUAGCCUCUUUUUUAAAGUCUUUUAUUUAAAUUAUAUUUUAAUGUGUAAUAAUUUUAAUGGCUUUUUCAGACUUGAGAGUUAACUGUAUAUUGCUCCAUCUGUAUUAACUGAAAACUUGACUAAAAUAUUGUUUAAUGGCUUUAAGAGAGUUGA